CAUGUGCGUGAUGUGGCCGUGGAUGUGGUUAAAUUUGGUUCGGAUCUCUUCGUGGUUUUGGGGACGACAGAGCUUCAAGAGAAGAAUUGAACAUUUAGUUGUGGUUGACCUAAAUUAUCAGUUGGAGGUGUUGGGCGGAGUCCUGAGGUAAUAUGAAGGGGGUUGAUGCUGAGCAACUCUCCAGACUACAAGAGAAUGCGACCAACAUCCGCAACAUCUGUAUCUUGGCACAUGUGGACCAUGGCAAAACCACAAUGGCUGACGCCCUGCUUUCCAGUAACGGGAUCAUCUCGUCGCGCAUGGCAGGGAAGCUGCGAUACAUGGAUAGCCGACAGGACGAGCAGCUACGGGGCAUCACCAUGAAAUCCAGUGCAAUAUCUCUUCGCUUUAGCCAAGGGGAUCAGGACUACCUUAUCAACUUGAUUGACUCCCCGGGUCAUGUGGACUUCUCGGGAGAGGUAUCCACCGCGACCAGAUUGUGUGAUGGCGCCCUCGUUGUCGUAGACGUGGUGGAGGGAGUGUGUCCGCAGACCCAUGUAGUCUUGCGCCAGGCCUGGCUUGAGCACAUCACCCCCUGCCUGGUCCUCAACAAGAUAGACCGCCUCAUUUCGGAGCUCAAGUACACCCCCCAGGAGGCCCACCUGCGUCUUCAGCAGGUGCUGGAGCAGGUUAACGCCGUGGUGGGAAACCUGUUUGCCUCGGGAGUCCUGGAGCAAGCCACCCAACAAAACACGGAGAGAACAGUCCAGUCGAAUGACUCAGAACGCUGCCAGACCAACGAAGAGAAAGUGGUGUAUGAUUGGAGCGAUGGGCUGGAGGAGACAGACGAUUCCAAUAUCUAUUUCUCUCCAGACCAGGGGAACGUCAUCUUUGCCAGUGCUAUAGAUGGCUGGGGCUUUGGAAUUGACCAUUUUGCAACCAUGUAUGCUGCCAAACUGGGUGUGAAGUUUGAAAUCCUGCGAAAGACGUUGUGGGGAGAUUUCUUCUUGAACAGCAAAACCAAACGAAUCAUGAAAGGGGCCCAGGCGAAAGGGAAGAAGCCGUUAUUUGUGCAAUUUAUUCUUGAAAAUCUGUGGUCUCUCUAUGACACCAUAUUGGUCAAGAGAGACAAGGACAAAAUGCUGAAGAUCAUUGAUUCCUUGAACCUGAAGAUUGCAGCUCGUGACUUACGGCACAAUGACCCCAAGGUGCAUCUGCAGGCAAUCUGUGCACAGUGGCUACCCCUUUCCCAAGCCGUGCUCUCCAUGGUAUGUCAGAAGCUGCCCAGCCCAUUAAACAUUGAUGCUGUCAGGAUAGAGAAGCUCAUGUGUGCCGGCGGUAGACGAUUCAACACUCUACCUCCUCAAUCACAGCUGCUGAAAUCUGCGCUAGUCCCCUGCCCUACCCCAAUCAAGCCUCUCACAGAGGAAGAGCUGCAAAGGAGGAGAGAAGAGGCCAGACAGAGACACGCCCAGAGAGUAGCCAAUCAGCAACAGGAUGCACGACCUGAUAGCCAACUAGAAAACAUGAUAGAACCUUCAGAAAACGGCGUGAUGUUGCCCAGCGAAAGCACCCUUGAAGGCAAGAAGGGAGAUGAAGGCGAGACCUUUCUGGCCUUUGCCCGUGUCUUCAGCGGACGGAUACACAAAGGCCAGAAGCUGUAUGUUCUCAAUCCUAAACAUGACCCGAUGAAAGCCUUGGCCAAGGACGAAGGCGUUAUGUUCAGCUUUGUGGAGAGCGAGGUGUCUGGGAGCAGUGUGACAGAGGUUGAAGUGAACGACCUGUAUCUACUCAUGGGUAGAGAGUUGGAGCCGAUGAACAGUGUACCAGCAGGAAACGUCCUAGGCAUCGGGGGGUUGGAGGAAUUGGUCUUAAAAUCUGCGACCGUGUCCAGCACAGUGGCCUGUCCAGCUUUCACCUCCAUGACCUUUGCUGCUGCUCCGAUUGUCAGGGUCGCUGUGGAGCCCAAACACUUGGCCGACAUGCCAUCUCUUGUGAUGGGCAUGAAGCUGCUGAACCAGGCCGAUCCCUGCGUGGAGGUUUUGGUACAAGAGACUGGCGAACAUGUCAUAGUGGCUGCAGGCGAAGUCCACCUGGAGCGCUGCCUUGAUGACCUCAGAGACAGAUUUGCCAAGAUCGAGAUCAAUGUUUCGGAGCCAAUUGUCCCCUUCCGAGAAACUAUCAUUGUCCCUCCCAAGGUUGACAUGGUGAAUGAGGUCAUUGAUGACAUCAAUCAGAUCCAGCGUACUAGGUCAAAUAUCAGUGAGUUUGAGAGCGAAAUAUCUAAAGAUGGGUCGCUGGACAUCAAGACCUCCAACAAGCUCAGCAGCUUUAAGCUCAGGGCUCGCCCUUUACCCGAAGAAGUGACCAAGCUCUUGGAGGUGAAUGUAGAACUGAUCAGAAUCCUGGAUCAGACCUCAGUGGCGUGGCUGUCCAGGAGAACCAAUGAGCAGGAUGCCGGUGACAGCCUGACGGCUGAGAUCUUGGCCCAGCUGCGAGAGUUCCAGACAAACUUAGAUGCAGCAUUUGCGAAUGCUGGGAAGAAGUGGCGUGGGGCGGCGGACCGGAUCUGGUCGUUUGGCCCCAAGCGUUGCGGCCCCAACCUAUUGCUGAACUGCAUUGAUGGGUACAACCGGCCGGCCAUUUGGCAUUGCUUGGAUAGCGAGGAAAAAGACAGGGCAGGCGAGAUCCGAGACUUUGACAGCAGUGUGGUGAGUGGAUUCCAGCUAGCUACUUUUGCAGGCCCCCUGUGUGAGGAACCCAUGAUGGGCGUAUGCAUCAUAAUUGAAAACUGGACCAUGGAGGAGCAUUCAAACAGUGAUAGAUUCUUUGGUGCUUCGCAGACCUCAAGUGAAAUCUUAAACGUGGCCAACGAGAGUAGGCUCAGCUCAAACAAAAGUUCAAGAUCUGAAAACUUUUGUAUAUCCACCGAUGCGGAAGUGGAGUCUACCACUUCGGUUAGUCGUUCUGAAGAUUUGCAAGAACCUAUCGGGAAGGGGAGCCCCUCCCCAUUGGUUCUUGCGAAAAGUCCAACCUCCGAUAGUAGUUCGCCAUUGGUGGGUUCCCCGGACGUCUCCAGCCCUUGGCCUCAUUUUGCUGGCCGAGGUUACGGCCCCAUGUCAGGCCAGAUCAUAUCCACCGUGAAGGAGGGCUGUCGCAUCGCCUUCCAGAUCCAGCCCCAGCGACUCAUGGCGGCCAUGUACAAGUGUGAUAUUCAGGCGACUGCAGAUGUACUAGGACGUGUAUAUGGAGUGGUAUCCCGUCGAAAUGGCAGCAUACUGAAGGAAGAGAUGCGUGAGGGCUCCCCGGUGUUUGAUAUCACUGCAACCCUUCCCGUUGCCGAGAGCUUUGGCUUUGCUGAGGAGAUCCGCAAGCGAACAAGUGGGCUGGCCAGCCCCCAGCUGUUCUUCAGUCAUUGGCAGGUGGUUCUCAGUGAUCCCUUUUGGGAGCCCUCAACAGAAGAGGAGCUGCUUCAUUUUGGUGAGAAGGCGGAGAACGAAAACCAGGCACUGAAGUACAUGAACGGUGUGCGUCGUCGCAAAGGGCUGUACAUCGACAAGAAGACUGUGGAACAUGCGGAAAAGCAAAGAACUCUGUCUAAGAACAAGUAGCCUGGAUCACCAGGAAGUUCAGGGAAGUGGGAGUGUCAGUGGACUUUGUUCAGGAGGUGGCCAUUUUGGAUCAUGUUCUCUGAAGCCACUUUAUUUAUUGAACAAGCUGAAAUGGCAAAGAGCCUGACUUUAUUGCAUUAAUUACAGAUAUAGCCUCAAUCUGAACAAUAUUUUUCAUGGGUGAAAUUUUUCAAGGUGACAUAACACUUUUUCCAUAAUUUGGAACUAUCAAUCUGGGCGUGAGGAUGAUAAUCUAUGUUUUGUCAUAUUACAUCAUCUUUUUCCCACAUGUUAAGUUUUAAGAAAAAAAUUUACAGGGAUCGGCUUGCCGGCUUUCGAUGCAAGGUAUGCCCAACACGUGUAGAAGGCCCAAACUGAACAGUUUGUGAAACUGUCUCCAGCUUUGGCCGGGGGACACCAUCCAGACAAUACGGCUGUUUCACAAUAGUGCGCCACCAAGAGUUUGCAACGCGUUGGCCAAUCACAAUGCGCGAAAGUUGUCAACCCAAAGCGCGUUUAGAAAUGUUCGACAAAUUUCGAGCGUUGUGAUUGGCCAACGCGUUGCAAACUCUUUGAGGCGCCCUAUUGUGAAACGGCACAAUUACCACAGUGUUUAUGAAGAAGUGAGCACAUCAAGUUGUGUUGCAGUGUGUGACAUAUGUCAAGUACGUGAAAAUCGUGAUGAUGAGUAGGGGGGGGUGGUAUUGCAGUUAAGUUCAGAAAAUUCAAAUAAACAUGAUUUUGGAUAGUUUAGACCGAUUACACUUUUUGGCCAUUCAUUGUCAUUUUGUCCUUGUAUGGGACUCAGUUUGAGCAGAAAAGACCAAUAAAAUGUGAUUGAUCGUCACGUCAUGUACUGUA